AUGGGACAAGAAUCAUCUGAUGAUUACUUAAAUAAAGUUAUUCAAUCAUGGGCAUAUCUUGAAGAGCAUAUGAUGAUUCUUAAGAAUGCAAAUACAGAAGAUUUUGACAAUGUGAUCAAGUGUAAUAUUUUAAAAUCUAUAAUGAGUGAAAAAUCUGUUUCAGUAUCAGCAAAUAAUAAUCUUGUAGUAGGAAAUCUAGCUAUAAAUUCUUCAGAUACAUUAUGGGCUUGGAUGAGAGCAAAAUAUCA